CAAUUUGCCAGAAAACAAAAAAAGCUGAAGCUUUUUAAAUAAAUGACCCUCUUGUUUUUAACUCGACAGACCGACAUCGUUUUUGAGUUAGUAGCCUACUUAUUCCAGUAGUUUUAUUAACGUUACAUUGUAGACAUCCCAGUUAAUUUCUAAAGCCACACCCACACUGUAAAACAUGCCCUCGUAGAAGACUUUUAUGAAGCGUGUGUUUCGUGUUUCGUUUUUUCUUCUUUUUUUUUUACCCGGUGUAAUCAAAACACGUAAAGACGACGGUCUGUUGUAAAGGAGCCUAACGGCCAUCUGACAGAAGGUUAACAAUCAAGAUGUUUAUGCCAAGAGCCCUGAAAGUGAAGAGACCUGCCCCGGUCUCAGGAAAAAUGUUGAAUAAGAAAAUCAAGGUAGGAGAGGGGGGGAGAGAAGACCAAGGUGGUUCAGAAACACCUGUUCAGAAGGAGGAGGCGUAUGAAGACACCAAACCACUAGAGGAGGAAAUACAAGCAGUUGGAGACUCUGGAGGUUUGACGGGGAGCUCAGUGCAAGAAGAUGGACAUAAGUCUGACUCAAAUGAUACUGAGGAGGAGGAGGAGGAGGAGGAGGAGGAGGAGGAACCUGUCAAAUCAUUCAGAAAGAGCCAGAGAUGGCCAGAGCCAGGAGAGCCUGUCUGUGUAAUGUGCGGUCGCUAUGGGGAGUACAUUUGUGACAGCACGGACAAUGAUGUUUGUAGUCUUGAAUGCAAAGCCAAACAUUUGGUCCAAAUGGGGAUGGGGAUUGGGGCUGAUGUGUUUGACCGUAAGGACAAAACUGGAGAUGAAAGGACUCAACCUCAACUGCCGGCAGUGGACACUGGUAGAGUGGGUGAAAGGGAGGCCGGAUAUGUCUACAGGGACGAUCAGUUCAUAUCGGGCCUAACAGAUGAGCAGAUCCAGAGGAUUAAACGGGAGCUCGUCAUUGAAACCCAGGGGAGAGAUGUCCGGAGACCCAUCAUUGAGUUUGAACACUGUGGCUUCCCUGCCACGCUUGGUGGCAACCUGAAAAAGGCCGGCUAUGAGGCGCCAACUCCGGUCCAGAUGCAGAUGGUCCCUGUUGGUCUCAGUGGCAGGGAUGCGAUUGUCAGUGCUGACACGGGCUCGGGGAAGACUGUAGCCUUCCUGCUGCCAGUGGUAGUGAGGGCAAUGGAGAAACCAGCACACAGUGUAAGUAGCCCUGUGGCUCUCAUCCUGACCCCCACCAGGGAGCUGGCCAUUCAGAUAGAGAGACAGGCCAAGGAGUUGGUGAUGGGCAUCCCCAACAUGAGAACUGCGUUGCUGGUGGGCGGCAUGCCACUUCCCCAACAACUCCACCGCCUCAAAAGCAGCAUCAAAAUUAUCAUAGCCACCCCUGGGCGACUCCUUGAGAUCCUGAAGCAGAAGGCAGUGCAGCUGGACAAAGUGAAGGUUGUGGUGGUUGAUGAGGUCGACACAAUGUUGAAGAUGGGCUUCCAGCAGCAGGUGCUGGAGGUUUUGGAGGAAGUCCCAGAAGAACACCAAACUCUGCUGGUGUCGGCCACCAUCCCAACAGGGACGGAGGAGCUGGCUGCCCGAUUGGUUCGUGACCCUGUCCGUAUUGCUAUUGGAGAGAAGAACCAGCCCUGUGCCAACGUGAGGCAGAUCUUGCUGUGGUUAGAGGAACCUUCCAAGAAGAAGAAGCUGUUUGAGAUUCUCAAUGACAGUAAGCUGUACCAGCCUCCAGUGGUGGUUUUUGUAGACUGUAAACUGGGGGCUGAUCUACUGUGCGAGGCGGUUGCCAAGGUGACGGGCCUUAAAACGGUGGCAAUCCACUCUGACAAGAGCCAAUGGGAACGCAACCGCAUCCUCAGGGGUCUUCUGGAGGGAGACUUUGAAGUGGUAAUCAGUACAGGUGUGCUGGGCAGAGGAUUGGACCUCGUCAACGUCAGAUUGGUGGUUAACUUUGACAUGCCAAACACAAUGGAUGAGUAUGUCCAUCAGGUUGGCAGGGCGGGUCGACUGGGACACAGAGGAACAGCAAUCACCUUCCUCAACAACAACAACAAACGUCUAUUCCUAGAGGUGGUGAAGCGGGUCAAACUCACAGGGUCCAUCCUGCCACCUCAGCUGCUUAAUUCACCCCACCUCCAUGAGCAGCAGAGGAGGGAAAAAAAAAAGGCCAAGCAAGGGUCUGAUGACACGCUGGUCACUAAGAACAACCUCCUAGACAUCAUAAGGAAACACGACCGUCGGAAGAAAUAGUCCUGUACCUCUAAUCAUUCCUGCAAAAGUGUCUAUUUAUUUGGUAAAUGCUGAAUGUUUAUUGAAAAAUAAAUGUGAAUUUGACAUAAUCUCAAAUGACUUAAUGUAAGAACAUUUUUUAAUUGAAGAAGUAUCCUCUAAUCCACAGACUUCCACACAUUUCUGAUGAACAGUAUUUUACUGUCACUGCAGUGGCGCACUUGUGUCUUCAUUGAAAACGGAGGGGCAGCAAAAAAAUACAACUGUCUUUAAAUGUAUUUGUUUUAUAAUGAUUUUGCUAUUAAAAUACAUGUUCAACUA